AUGUCCAACGAAAGUGACACUGGAGGUCAACCUGCUGCGACAACAACAAUAAGCACUAUCGCCGUGCAGGCUGGCGAUUCUCAGAUUAUUGUUACUGUGUUCAAGUGUGAGUCACUGGUGCAGCUGCAGUUGACUGAAGCCAAUCCCAACCUGCUGGAGAUCGGCAGCAACCAGGAUGAAACCAAGAAACUACUGCAUGAACACGAGCAGCUCCUGAUCAAACUCAAGAAACAUGAGGCAGGCGUGUGGGCCUUGCUGGAGGAGGCAGACAGGACGGCAGAGGAGAAGGAAGAUGAAGGGGAGGUGUAUGAGGCCAUGGCUGUCUCGCUGAGCGACGCCUGGAGAACCCUGAUCUCACUGCUAGAGAAGCGCCGGUCGCUGCUACACCUGGCCUCAGAGUUCUUCGACAGGGCUCUCGAGUUUGCUAUCAGAAUAGAUGAGGCAGAAGAGUUCCAGAGCAGAGAGCAGGAGCUGGCAGAUGCGGAGUGUCUGAAAGAACUGCUCAUGAAACACAGUGUUAUGAAGAGAGGCCUUCUGGAGAAGUCAAUGUUGGUUCUGAACAAGAGUCGUGGUCUUCUAGACUUCCUGAGAGAGUUCCAGACUGAGGAUGGUCUUCAGAGGAGUGAGGCAUUGAGAGGGGCUGACAGCAGCUAUGGCCGGGUGGAAAGUCUGAUGGAGAUACUGCAGGACAGGAGGAGACAGGUGGACCAACACAUGAAGCAGCAGCUCCUUGAUCUGGAAGUGAUCCUUAACAUCUACCAAUGGGAUCGCCAGGAACAGGAAGUAACCCACUGGUUCAAAAACAAAGCUGACUUGUACUUUGAAAAAGAUCAUUUGGGCUCAGCUCUCACAGAAAAUGAAGAGCUCCUUCAGGAAUACAAAGAGUUUGAAGAGAAAGCCAAGGACUGGAGUGUGUUGGUGGAGAAGCUGCUAGCCCAAGCUUCAGAGCUGCAAGUGGGGGAAGCAGAGGGCUGUGCUGAGGAUGAGACGGGCCAUGUCUCUGAGAGAAGUGUGGCUCUCAAAGCCUUGCACAAACACUUCUGGAACCUCAUGAUGGGCCGGCUGGCACAGCUACAGGAGAGCAAUUCCUUCUUCAGCAGCGCUAACACGGCUUUUGAGGUCCUGGGAACUGUUGAGAGUAAACUUAAGGGGUUGAAGACCCAGACACUAUGGUUGCCUGAGUUGGCCAAAAAGCACGAGGACCUGUUGCGAAGCAUCAAAGAGUCAGCCAACGACCCUCUUCAGAGAGGGCAGCUCAUACUACAGAAGGCCAAACCACAGAGUUCCCAAGUUGAAGGCGUGAAAAGGAUGCUGGGAUAUGUCAGAGACCGGGUUGAUGCUCUAAGUCAGGAGUGUCAUGCUCACCAAGCACUGGCAGCCAAGAGACAGCAGCUGGUGUCCCAAUGUGAAGACCUCAUAGACAAGAUCUCUGUGUGGCUAAAGAGCAGCAACGGUGUCCUCUCCAGCAACACUGAGCCAGGCUCCCUGCUCUCUCAGUCUGAAGACAUGCUCAACAAACACCUGGAACUCUCCUCACAGACACAGCAAACAGCCAGUGAGGCAGAGGCCAUGGCAGAGCUGCUAAAGGAACUGAGAACACUGGGGUGUCCUGAAGCUGCUGAGUUCUCCAACAAAGCAUCACUGCUAGAGGAGGAGCUGAAGACAGUCACCAGGAACAUCACAUCUCGCAUCGAGAAUAUCCAACCAUACGUGGAGGAACAGAUGCAGAGUCUACAUGAAAGCUAUAACAGGAAGCAAGAGGAGGAGGAGAACGAGGAGAGUUUAGUCACGUCUAAGGAGAUAGCUGACGCUAAGUGGCAGUCCAUGUUGGAACGCUUUCUCACCAUGCUGGACCUGGGAAACAACUACAUCAACUACUCAAACAUGGUGAGUGAGAACCUGAACCUGAAUGUGAGGGCAGCCAUCGGUGUGGUGGAGAAGAUCAUGGAGGAGCUGAACAAGAAGAAGGUGGAUCUGUCAGACCUCUGGACCUCCUGGCAGUUCCACGUCAGUCAGGUGAAGUCUGUCAAGAAACAGUGGAAGAAAUACAAAGAACAACUGAAAAAGACUGUUCAUGACCUAAAUAGUGUGGAGGAGGUUCUUGUCCCGACCUCUAAAGUAGAUCUGGGAAGUGAUCUUCAGACUGUGUCCAAGCUACUGGAGAACUUUAACCUAGCUAAGCCCCACUUCCUGCAGUUGAAUGCAGAGGUAGAAUACAUGGUGAAGACAUCAGAACUGUUGGCACUGAAAGGAAUUCCAAUAAAAGAGAAGAAUGAGAAAGUCACAGAGAUGCUUCACCUUCAUCAGAGAGUGAAAGAUAAAAUCAAAGAGUACGAGUCUGUCCUCAACAUGGCCGUGAAGUUCCACCAGCUCUAUGACGAGUUGGAUAAGCUGUCAAUGUUGGAGCCUGUGACGGGGUUCAGCGAGACAAGCCAGGCUAAGAUCCAGCUGAUCCAACAUCAGGACAGACAGAGUCACGUCAGACACCUGUACAAGCUGGCUAUCUCUCUGGGAGGAGAUAUCAGCAACACUGUACAACAGUUGCAUGACUCAGGUUUCUCUGUACAGCGUCUGCAGGAGCGUCUGGAGAGACUGGAGAGAAGCUGUGUUAACUGGAGUGCUGAGGCCAACAGGUCUGAAGAGAGCCUCACUAGCAACGUGUACUACUGUGUCUUCAAGGAGGAGAUCACUGAGCUGAGAAAGUCAUUCAAGGACCUCAAGAAGAAAUUCAACAACUUGAAGUUCAAUUAUAUGAAGAAAAACGACAAGUCAUGGAACCUGAAAGCAGUGAAAAACCAAAUCCAGCAGAUAGAGAUUUAUGUUGAAAAGUUACAGAUAUUGCAGAAACGGAUGCAGGUAUUUACAGUCAAAGUGACUUCCAGCACAGAGAAGCAUCUAAUAGGCAGUAGCCCCAGAGAGAUAGAGGAUGCUGUGAAUGAGCUACAGAGACAGCUGGGGGACUUUGACAAGACUGUGGAGGAGUACAAGCAGAAUCUGGACAUGAGCGUAAAGCUGCAGCAAGCCAUGGAUGAGUAUAACUUCUGGUGUGAUGAAGCAAGUGCUACAAUUGUGAGAGUAGGGAAGUACUCUUCCCAGUGUAAGACCAGGGAAGCAGUGUCUAUUCUAUACAAGCAGUUUGAGAAGUUUGUUUGGCCCACUGUGCCCCAGCAAGAGGAGAGGAUCAGCCAAAUCACAGAACUGGCUGUCCGUCUGCAUGGUGCUGAGGAGGGAAAUAAGUAUACGGAGAAAACUGUCACCAGACACAAUGAGAUAGUGGAAUCGAUAAAGGAACUAUCUAAUGGAUUGAUGGAUUUGGAGGCUAAACUACAGACUGAGGCUUUGAAGCAUGAGCCUGAAAUAAAAGAAUUGGAUAAUGACAUACAAGAGGAAAACAAACAAGAGAAAAAAUCUAACCAAGAAAUAGAGAAAGCUGAGAUGUACCCCCAGGAGUCUCUUGAUGUGAGGGACAGGAAAGUCCAUGCGCUCAACCAGGCAGGGAUCAAGUCUCUGGUCACCCCUCCUCCUACUAUUCCUCCUCCUCCUGCCUUCGCUUCGGCUCCCAGCUUCUCUGAUAUACAGAGAGAGUUCCAGAAGAAGGAGAGACAGGGCCCUGCUCAGAGGAAUUUCCCUGGGUUUCAUACUUCUAAUACUGAUCAGGGUGAGCCUUUCCCCCAAGAUGCAUCACUCCUGCUGCCGCCCGCAGGUGGUCUGACGGAGGGGAACCUUCAGCGGCAUAACCUCAUGACAGAAGAGUCCCUGUCCAACGACGAAUAUGAGUGCACUUCCCCCGACGACAUCUCCCUGCCCCCGCUUUCCGAGACCCCAGAGUCCAACAUCGUCCUAUCAGAGAAUGACCUGGACCUGGAUGGUUUCUGUCUCAGCUCCCAGUCCCACACCAUUCACAUCAACCAGUACAGCCACCAGUUCCACUCCACACAUAAUGAUUACAGCAACAGCCAGAGCCAACAGAGGAUCAGAGAGCAGACUGUAAGCUGUCCCUCUCCUACAGUCGGCCUCAACACCAAGUUCAGAGCAGAGUCCUCUUCUUUCGUCCACAGCCCCCUGACUGUCCCAGCACCAAGCCUGGUCUCAAACACACUCUCCAAUAUUCUGAAAAGCAGGGGCAUCCCCAACCUUCCAAACUCCAACCUCCCAAAUCUCCCACCGGUCGGCCCCCUAGGCCUAAACGAGUGCCACCAGACCGUGUAUUCCGUGCAUGAGAGCUCUGUCACAGAGAUGCAGGAGAAUGUGCAUGACCCUAGCACCAUGAUGGUUCGAGGAGCUGCCUUCCCCGCUGCUGCUGCCGCUAGCACUCUUAACACGCAUGCUACCCCCUCCCCAUUAACCACCACAGCAGUCACACUCACAGACCAGGGCCAAGACCCAGACCUCUGCAAUCCCACAGCCAUCAGAGAAGAGAUCAGGCUGCCUGGUACCAGCCGGUCCAUUGGGAGCACCCUAGCAGGCCAGGGCCCUCCUCACUUCUCCAAAGUACUGUCUAGUCCCACAGUUAUGGAGAGGUCGCCUGUGACCCUGGAAGUGGAGGUCACUGGAUUUCCAGAGCCUACUUUGACAUGGUUCAAGAAUGGAGAGAAAUUGACCAAUGAUGAGCACAUAGAACUGUCCCAAAAAGAAGGCAAACAUGCAUUGUUUAUACAGAAAGUCACUGAGGCCGACGCAGGUCUCUAUGUGUGCCGGGCCGUCAACUCAAGUGGCACCCUGUCCUCUAGCGCCGCCCUUCAGGUGAAUGCAGGUAACAACAGAUGUCCCGAUCCCAACUGCCCUCUUCUCAAGCUGAACUGGCACACUUGUUUUGUCACUCUGUGUUUUCUCCUGUAUCUCCUGUACCUACUGCUAUUAUGAAGAAAGAAACAAAUAUAUUAAGCUUUUUACUGCCAGUACCUUUUCCACUCUCACUAUAAUGGGAAGUAGUGUUGACUUUGAACAGUAGUACACUGGAUAACCCUAACUUCAACUGUAUGGAUGCAUGCAGUGUCACCUCCAAACCUGGACACCACCACCACCCUAUUACACCCAAAACCACCUGUGUGUAUGAAUGUCGGGUUAAUUUAUUUUGUAGAUUUGUAUUUAAUCUCUGCAUAAAAGUAUUAUCUCAAUUAAUUUAUAUCUCAACUAAAGUCGGUAUCUCCUUCGUAUACUUUUGUCUAGAAAGUCAGUGCAUUGAGUCUGUGCCUCCAUGACUAAAAUGGUUUGCAAUUACAGAAUCAAGGUAUUAAUUUACUAAUAAAAUGCUAA